CCACCGCCAGGAGCUGGUGCUCCACCGCCGCCACCGCCGCCUCCUGGAGCUGGUGCGCCUCCCCCGCCUCCUCCAGGUGGAGCUGCUCCGCCCUUGCCCAAAGCCGAAGGUGGUAGGAAUGACCUCAUGGCUGCCAUCCGGGCAUCUGGAGGAAAGGGCGGCGGUGGCCUGCGGAGGGUCAAGGAUACAGAGAAGCGUGACCGGAGUGCAGCCCUUGUACCUGGCUCAGCCAGCGAAUCGUCUGCGCCGACCCCAAGUGGUGGUGCUGCUCAAGGAGGCCUGGCAGGUGCUUUGCAAGAUGCUCUGGCGAAGAGAAAGCAGAAGGUCAGCGGUAGCGAUGACGAGAAGGAGGACGAUGACGAUUGGUGA